AUGGAUAUUGAGUCAAACAAUAAUUCAUUCAAUGUGAGUGAGGAAGUUGAAGAACAUGAUAACAAUCUUCAAUUUAGUGAGAGUGGUGAAGUUGAAGAACCCAAGAAGGGGAUGUAUUUUACCUCAAAGCAAGAAGUGUACGCAUUUUAUGCAAAAUAUGCAAAACAACUUCGAUUUGCUAUAGCUUAUAGAACACAAAAUGUAACAACAGAUGGGGAAGUGAAUUACUUUGGAAUUGAAUGUACUCGGGCACAGAAUAGAACAAAAAGAUCAGAAGUAAAUCCCCUGGAACCAUCUUUGUCAUCAAAAAUUGAUUGUAAAGCAAGGGUAAGAGCCAGUCUACAAAAGGAUGGAAGAUAUAAGUUAACCACAGUUGUGCUUAAGCACACCGAUGAUUUGAUUCCUACUGACUUAAGACAUUUUGCAAUGAAUAAGAGGAUUCUUACUCGGGUGAAGAGGAGACUAGAAGUUAACAAUGCAGGAGGGAUUGGGGUGACUAGGAAUUUUCAUUCCAUAGUUGUUGAAGCAGGAGGAUAUGAGGCAUUAACGUUUGAUGAACGAGAUACAAGAAAUUUUAUUCAGAAUGCUAGAAGAUUGAAACUUGGAGUAGGAGACGCGGAAUUAGUUACACUUUAUUUUCAUAAAAUGCAACAACAAAAUUCGAACUUCUAUUCGGCAAUUGACCUUGAUGAAGAUGGCCUUAUACGAAACUUGUUUUGGGCGGAUGCAAGGACUAGGGCGGCUUAUAAAGCAUUUGGGGAUAAAAUUUCAGAGAAAUUGAGAAGAUAUUCGCAAUAUGAAUCCAUCAAGGCUGCUUUGAGUAAUGCAGUUUAUGAUUCAUUCACAAAAGAUGAAUUUGAUGAAUACUGGAAAGCAAUGAUUGCAAAAUUCAAUCUGAAUGAUAAUGAGUGGUUGGGGGUAUUUUACCGUGAGCGACAUAAGUGGAUUCCUGCCUAUGUUAAAGACAUAUUUUGGGGUAGCAUGUGA